AGUUUUGCUGGUGAAGCCUGUAAAAUGGUAGUAUUGAAUGUGCCUUCUACACUAGGGGCAGACAAAGUGAUUGGCAGAGUUAAUUUGAAGGAGUGCUUCAGGUCUGCUGAUAUCAUCACAUCAAGUGACCCUGAUUUCAGAGUUCUUGGUGAUGGGUCAGUACACACAGCCCGGGAUGUUGUGUUGUCUGGUGAGAGAAGAUCAUUCACCGUCUGGCUUUCUGACUCGAAGACACAGGCACAGAGAGAGAUUCCUGUCCUUUUGGAACACCAGAGGAAGGUACUGAAGAAAAGACGCACAAAGGAAACUGCUCUCCGGCGAGCCAAAAGGAGAUGGGCACCUAUUCCCUGUUCAAUGCAAGAGAAUUCCCUGGGUCCUUUCCCACUGUUUCUUCAGCAGGUUCAAUCUGAUGCAGCACAGAACUAUACCAUCUUCUACUCCAUAAGUGGGCGUGGAGUUGAUCAAGAACCUUUAAAUUUGUUUUUCAUCGAAAGAGACACUGGAAAUCUGUAUUGUACUCGGCCUGUGGAUCGUGAGGAAUACGAUGUUUUCGAUCUAAUUGCCUAUGCAUCCACCACCGAUGGCUAUUCAGCAGAUUUACCUCUUCCACUGCCCAUCAAAGUGGAGGAUGAGAAUGACAAUUAUCCUGUUUUCACAGAAGCAAUUUAUAGUUUUGAAGUUCCAGAAGGCAGCAGACUUGGCACUACGGUGGGGGUGAUUUGUGCCACAGACAGAGAUGAGCCUGACACAAUGCAUACGCGCCUGAAGUACAGCAUCAUGGAGCAGACGCCACGGUCUCCUGGGCUCUUCUCUGUGCAUCCUAACACGGGCGUCAUCACUACUGUUUCACACUACAUGGACAGAGAGGUUGUAGACAAGUACACAUUAGUAGUGAAAGUCCAAGACAUGGAUGGUCAGUUUUUUGGACUGACCAGCACAUCUACUUGUAUGAUAACAGUGAAAGAUUCGAAUGACAAUGCACCCACAUUCAGACAAAAUGCUUAUGAAGCAUCGGUAGAGGAGAAUGCAUAUAACGUGGAAAUCUUGCGAAUACCUAUAGAAGAUAAGGACUUAAUUAACAGUGCCAAUUGGAGGGCAAAUUUUACCAUCUUAAAAGGAAACGAAAAUGGACGUUUUAAAAUCACAACAGACCCAGCCACUAAUGAAGGUGUUCUGUGUGUUGUAAAGCCACUGAAUUAUGAAGAGCACCGUCAAGUGAUCCUGGAGAUUGGAGUCAACAAUGAAGUUCCCUUCACUAGAGAUAUGGCCACCGGAGUGCUGACCAUGAACCGGGCCUUGGUCACAGUUCUUGUGAAGGAUCAGGAUGAAGGGCCUGAAUGCAGUCCCCCCGCGCAAUACAUACAGAUCAAAGAAAACUCAGCUGUGGGGUCAAAGAUCAAUGGCUACAAGGCCUAUGACCCUGAAACUAGAAAUAGCAAUGGUUUAAGAUACAAAAAAUUACAGGAUCCUAAAGAGUGGGUCAGUAUUGAUGAAAUUUCAGGGUUACUCACAGUUUCCAAAGUCCUGGACAGAGAAGCCAUGAGUCCCAAAAAUGAUGCAUACAAUAUCACAGUCAUGGCAAUAGACCAAGAAGGCAGGUCAUGCACUGGAACGCUUGCAGUGAACAUUGAGGAUGUGAAUGAUAAUGCGCCAGAGAUCCUUCAAGACUACUUGGUCAUUUGCAAGCCAAAGAUGGGGUACACAGACAUCUCAGCUGUCGAUCUUGAUGAACCCAUCCAUGGUCCUCCAUUUCAAUUCAACCUGGCAAACCCCUCGCCAGAAGUCAAUAGGAUAUGGACUCUCAAACAAGUGAAUGAUACAGCUGCCCGUCUGUCCUAUCGGAAGAAUGCAGUAGUCCAAGAAUACGCCAUUCCCAUUACUGUAAUAGAUAGAGCAGGCCAAUCUGCGACCAAAGUGCUGAGAGUGAACCUGUGCGACUGCGUUCACCCAAGCCAGUGCGUGGCCAGUUCAAGGAGUGCAGGGAUAGCGCUGGGCAAGUGGGCCAUCCUUGCCAUAUUACUGGGCAUAGCACUACUGUUCUCUGUACUGCUAACAUUAGUAUGCGGAGUGGUUACUGCCAGAAAAGGAAAGAAGUUUCCUGAAGACCUUGCACAGCAAAACUUAAUCAUAUCAAACACAGAAGCACCAGGAGAUGACAGGGUGUGUUCCGCCAACGGAUUCACCACACAGACUGCAAACAACUCUAGCCCAGGUUUCUGCGGGACCCUGGGAUCUGGAAUCAGAAAUGGAGGGCAGGAAACCAUUGAGAUGAUGAAAGGACACCAGACCUUGGACUCCUGCCGGGGCGCUGGGCACCACCACACCCUGGAUUCCUGCAGGGGGGGACACAUGGACACGGACAACUGCAGAUACACUUACUCAGAGUGGCACAACUUCACUCAGCCCAGACUCGGUGAGGAAUCCAUUAGAGGACACACUGGUUAAAAAUUAAACAUAAAAGAAGUUGCACGUGUGUAACCAGAACGAAGACCAGAUCCCGUCACAAGACUACGUCCUCACGUACAGCUACGAGGGCAGGGGCUCUCCAGCCGGCUCGGUGGGCUGCUGCAGUGAAAAACAGGAGGAAGAAGG